AUGGAGUUCAUUGCUCCCGAUACCUUCGCAUCGAGAUGUUUCACCAUGCUUUACGGUGCCUUAUUCUGUCCAAUAACCUGGAUUAUCAUUCGUGAUAUCGGGCAACUAGCGCUCGUCUAUCUCACCACUGUCUAUGCUCGGCUGAAAUUGAGAUUCACGAAUGCCGGCGAAAAGGCCGAUCAAGUUUUCAUGGUCCCUAUAUCUAUAUGCUUAGGAAUUUGCAUACUAAUCAUGUUAUUUGCACCUUAUGGGUGCACUCCUACGAUGCAUCAGAUGAUUAUUCCUUUUAUAUAUCACUACGAAGUUAUACGAAUUGGGCUUGGCGAUGUCAUGCCUAACAAUAUUCCGGUGAUCAACAGAAUGAGCUUCCUUGAAGAAAUGAAAACGAGUACACGGCAAGUACCGAUUCCUAGACGAUCGAAGCUGAUGACAUGGCCGCCGAACGAGGUUCCUCAAUGA